GGCCGUGUGGCCCAAGCAGCGCGCCAUGUCUCCCGCCCGCCCCGCCGGCCGCGGCGCCAUCCCGCGGGCGCGCACUGCCGUUCGCCUGGUGGCCCUCGCGUUCUGCGCGGCGUCGCUGCUCGGCGCGCGCGGCCCUCGCGCGGAGGUCGUGCGCCACCCGCCUGUGGCGCGGGCGCUCUUGCGGCAGCGCCGGGCGCCACGAGGCCUGAGGGCGAAUGGGGCGCAGGCGCCGGAGCUUGCAGUUGCGCGGCCAGUGAUAGCGCCGUCUGGGGACCCGAGCCGCUGGGAUGCCGCGUGCGUGGCGAACCCCGUGGUGCUGGCGCCUCGAACCGCCGGCGAGGAGUGGGUCUGCUUCUACAUGGGUCGCGGACUACGGCAACGCCGGGGGCUAUGGCGACUGUGGCGGUUGGGCGGGUGGUGUCCAGUGUUUCCUCCCCACCGGCUACUGCGGGAAAGCCACGUCGUUGGACGGCAUCUCUUGGACGCCCGUGGACGGCAGCAACGCGGACAAGUCCGUCUUCGCGCCUGGCGACCGCGACGCUUGGGACGGGCUGCACGUGGGCGUGGGCGACGUCGUCCGCCUGAGCAACGGGACCCUGGCACGGUGGCGGACCUGGGAGGUUCGAGUGAGCCCAUCGCGAUGGGGCCAUCGUCGCGGGCGGGUCUCCGCAUGCGCAUCGGCCGCGCGUUCAGCGACGACGGUGGGCUGAGCUGGCGGCGCGACCUGGCGCCAGUGCUUGAUGUCGACCCGUCGGAGGGCCUCUUCGCGUCAUGGCCGCGGGUGCUCAUGCCAGCGGGUGAGACGGGCCAGCUGUACAUGACGUACCACGCCUUCAACGGCACACACUGGUCCGUGUUCAGCGCCACGUCGAGUGACCUCGGAGCGAGCUGGUUGCGCCAGGGCCGAGCGCUCGGUCCAGGUGCCGAGGGAGCCUUCGACAGCUCGGGCAUCGGCACGCGCGCGAUGUGCGAGUGGCGCGGCAGGUGGCUCAUGGCCUACGAGGGCGUCGGCGGAGGCGCGUUCACCGGCGUCCACCGGCUCGGUGCGGCGGUGAGCGACGACGGCGGCGCGUCGUGGAAGAAGCUUGCCGGCCUCGGGGGGCCCGACCCUGGUGGGCCGAUUUGGAAAAAGGGACAUUUGCAUAUACAUAGACUGCGAAGACCUUGCGGCCAGUGCCGACGACGACGACGACGACGACGACGACGACG